AUGGCCAUUCUGCCGCCUGGAUACUCAAUUCGAAGAACCGAGUCCCGGGACUACGAGGAAGUGGUCGAAACGCUCAAAGUUCUGACGGUUGUAGGCGAUGUCACUCGAGCCAAUUUUGACGAGACACUAGCGGUCUGGGACAGCACUACGGUGAAAUCCGGUGAUAGAGAGAUUCGCGCUUACAAUCCACAUGUAAUUGUGAAUGCAGACGACAGAGUGGUUGCAACAGGUACGGUUUUGAUCGAGCGGAAGAUCAUCCGCAAUUGCGGGCUGGUGGGCCAUGUGGAGGACAUCGCAGUGGCAAAAGACCAGCAAGGAAAACAACUGGGACUCUUGCUAAUCCAGCACUUGACAAAACUCGCGCACGAAGCGGGAUGCUACAAAGUGAUUCUCGAUUGUGACGAGAAAAACGUAGGGUUUUACGAAAAGUGUGGAUAUCGCAGAUGCGGGGUGGAAAUGGACCAUCGGCUGUGA